UGUAUCGUAUAGCCGGAGACUUCUGUGCCAUCUCUCCAUCUCGCACAUGUUGUAAACAUAAAUAUAGAAUAAUGCACAAACGAAGAACCCCCAAGUCCAUAAAUAAACCACCGCCAAUUCAGGGACCUGCCAAGAAGCCUCCAGCGGCGGAGGAACCUCCCAUCGCCGAGGACAUCGUCACCCAGUUCGAGGUGGAGCUCUGCUGGUGUGUGCAGCAGUUGCAGAAUGCCCUCGACAGCGGAAAACUGAGCCAGAAAGUGGCCGAGGAUACCGCCAAGAAUAUAAAGGUCCUGAAAAGCUCAACGGCCCCGCUGAUCAAGAAGCGCCAGGUGAUGAAGCUGUCCCUGGGCGACUACCGACUGAAGAUGCAACAGGAGGAGCAGAAAUUGCUGCUGGCCUCCAAGCAAAUCAAGUUUACUACCACCAGUGACACCACCAAAAAGUCCAGCUUCGUAAAGAAGUCUGCUCUUUUGACCUCCGGAAAGGAUUUCCGCUUUGACUUUCCCUUGCCUGCCGAAGACUCCAAUGCCAAGGAAUCCGAGGCAGCUCCACCCAAGGUGCUAGCCAAUUUCCAGGAGAGUUCCGGAAGCCCCUUUAAGUUCAACUUUUCUAUCGAGGAUGAUUCCACCAAUAAUAUAAACUUUAGCGGCUUGAACUUGAAUAAUUAGUUACCGAUGUUGCCUGCUUAAUUUUCUACUUCCUUUACAAAUAAAAGGUUUAUUAUAAAAAAAAA